AAAUACACAUCAUUUCCCAAACCCUAAAAACUUCAUCCACAGAACCCCCAGUUUAGAGAGAGAAAGCGGCUCUUCUCUGAGAGACCCCAAAAUGCAGAUCUUCGUGAAAACCCUAACAGGGAAAACCAUAACCCUAGAGGUUGAAUCUUCUGAUACCAUCGACAAUGUCAAAACCAAGAUUCAAGACAAGGAAGGAAUCCCUCCAGACCAACAACGUCUGAUUUUUGCCGGAAAGCAGCUCGAAGAUGGCCGUACUCUUGCCGACUACAACAUCCAGAAGGAAUCGACUCUUCAUUUGGUGCUUCGAUUGAGGGGUGGUGCGAAGAAGAGGAAGAAGAAGACAUACACUAAGCCAAAAAAGAUUAAGCACAAGCAUAGGAAGGUAAAGCUUGCUGUUCUUCAGUUUUAUAAGGUUGAUGAUUCUGGUAAGGUUCAGAGGUUGAGGAAAGAGUGUCCUAAUGCCGAGUGUGGUGCUGGAACUUUUAUGGCGAAUCAUUUUGAUCGUCAUUAUUGUGGUAAGUGUGGUCUUACUUAUGUUUACCAGAAGGCUGGCGGCGAUUGAGGGAUUGUUGUUUGUCUCUCGGAGUAUUUUAGAUGUUUUUAUGAAUUAAGAAAAAAAAAAGAUUUGAUCUAUCUAUUGUAGUUUAAUUGCUUGGUUAUGUUUGUUUGAGAGAUGACAAUACUCUGUUUUCGUUUUGGAUAUUUGGAUCUACAAUUUUGAAUGCUUCUCAUUAUUGUUAGAUAUAGCUUCUUUCAUUGCGUUGUAUAA